AUGGAGCGGAAGGAGCACUUACCCUUGACCUUCCACAGUCCUGAGGUUCCCAAAAUAAAGGGGAACCGGAAAUACCAAAGGCCUACCCUCCCCACCAACAAACAUCCGAGUGCCUCGAUGUCACACCAGAGGCAGCAGCAGUACUUGGAUCAGACACACAACUACCUCCGAAUGUUCAGUGGCAGCCUCUGUGGCUUUAGCCUCCUAAUGCUGAUCUGCAUGUCCCCACUGAACUGGGUGCAGUUCCUGGUGAUCAAGAAUGGCCUUGAGCUCAACGCAGGACUCUGGACUUUAUGCAACCAUGAGCUGUGCUGGAGUCACACACCCAAGUCACCCUAUUAUCUCCAAUAUUCCAGGGCCUUCUUCCUCAUCUCCAUGCUCUCCAUACUCCUUGGCCUUGGCUGGCUCUUCAGCUCCUGCCUCCCUAGAAGGGGAAGCAUGACUACCAACUUGGAUCUGAAGGUAUCCAUGCUCAGCUUCAUCUCAGCCACCUGCUUGUUCAUCUGCCUCAAGCUGUUUGCCACACAGGUUCACUGGCAUACUGGGGAUGACAUGGAGUCAGAUUUCCUGUGGACCUAUUAUCUUAGCUGGUUGAGUGGCCUCCUAUACAUGUUUGCUGGAAUCAUCUCAUUUCUAAACUACCUGUCUUCUCAAUCUACUACCUCCCAUCAAAGUGCCACUGUGAUUCCAACAGAGAAGUCAAGGCUGGGCUUUGGUCCAGUGACUACAGUGUUGCCUGCUAAAGAUAAGGGAAAGGGAGAGAGAAAACAUCCCAGAGCAGGAUUGUGA